GCUUCCCGGCGGGCGAGGGAAAGAGGGAAAGUAGCCAGUCAUGUCGAACGCAAUGUAUAAUAAGAUGUGGCAUCAGACCCAAGAAGCCCUCAAUUAUGUGCUUGAUAAAGAGUCUCAGAAGAUGAUAGAACCACAAAGAAAUCAAGUUUUCAUCUUCCAAAUGUUAGCCACCUUCUACAUAAAAUAUGUGCAGAUCUUCAAAGACAUGGAGAAUGUGUAUGACCAGAUAGUCCAUCCACAGAAACGAAUCCUGAUCCGGAAAAUAUUGGAUGCAGUGAUGGGCCGAAUCCUGGAACUGAAGAAUGAGAUGGUUGAGUUGGAAUUAACCGAGUUUCAUUACUUUGAUGAUAUCUUACAGGAUCUAAAGUUGGUUCCCCAACAGUUAGAUAUUCCCAUACCCAAGUACUUUUUGAAAGAGAAGUUGGAAGUAAUAAAAGGAAGAGAGAAAAUCCUUGCUCAAAUAUUAGCCGAAAGUGGAUUAGAUACAGCUAAAGUGAAAUACUCUGUAAAGGGUAUUCCCUUUGAAGAGGCCAUUAAAUUAAUCCAGAUUGCUGAGAGGGCACGGCAAGGUCGCCUGAGAGCCUUGUUCAUGAAGCAAAUCUAUCUUCGAGAAUACAGAGCAAAGCAAGCCAAGAUAUUUGGCGAAAAAUUCGCAGAUGCUGGGGCUGCUGCACUAUGUAUUCAGAAGGUUUGGCGACGUUUCUAUCAAUGUAAGAAAACCGGAAGGCAGAGAGAAGAGGAGAUGAUAUUCCUGGGUAUGAGUCCACCUCCUCUCUUUAAUGAAGUCAGUGCCACGAUAAUGCAGGCUGAGAAGGUGAACUUACUGCGCAACGAGGUGCAGACAAAGCACGAAGAGGACUACAAGGAAGCCAUGGUUAUAAUUAAGGACGACCUGAAGUUGAUAGAAGGUCCAGACAUCAAGGAGACCCUUCAGGACCAGAUCUGGCAUUGGUUCAUUGAGUGCAGGAAUUUAACUGGCACAUUUCCUGAGUACCCUGAAGUAGAAGAAGGUGGUUCAGCUAUUAUUUUUACUAACAAGACCCCACAACAGGUUAUUGAGGAUAUCAUUGCAAACCAAGAAGAGGAGGAAAAAAACAGAAAGAAGAAAAAGGGAAAGAAACCCAAGAAAGCCAAAAAAAAGAAGCCAAAUAAAAAAGCAAAAGAUAAGGAAGAAGAUGAGGAGUGGAAAAUGUCACCAAGUGUUUUCCUUCGCACGAUGGAGGAAGGAAAUAACUCAUACAAAGACAUGUGGAUGAAUAAAGAUGAAUCUUGGAAUUUCUCUCAAGACUAUGAUCCAGACCUGGUCAAAGAGGAGAAACGUAAAGAACUAGAGUCAGAGAUAAGGCUGCAGGUGGAUGAGUUGAUGAGACAGGAACUAAAAAACUUAAAGCUAGCUGUGAACAGAGAAAAGGAAUACCCGGUCAGAGCAGGAAAGAAGAGAGGGAAAAAGAAAAAUAAAGGGAGGAAGAAAGGGAAAAAGGGGAAGAAGGAUAAAGAUCUGACAGCUGACAGGACCAUCGAGUCCCUGUAUAAGGAGCUGGUGCAGGAAGGGUUGCUGAUCCGCCCUCUGACAGUCAACCUCUCUGAUUACAUUGGUGAGUACAACUACCUGGGGACCACUCUUCGCCAGCUAUCCAUAGAACCCAUGCCUUCCCUCCUGGAUGUCAGGCAGCUCAUCACAUUGUACGGGAUCUUGCCAUUAGGUUCUGCAGCAGUGCAUGAGAAAGCUCCUUUGGUGAAGUCGCUGCUGUUGGUUGGGCCGUCUGGGGUAGGGAAGGAAAUGCUAGUCCAUGCCAUCUGCACAGAAACGGGAGCCAACCUAUUCAACUUGUCCCCAUCUAACAUUGCUGGGAAAUACCCUGGCAAAAAUGGCCUCGAAAUGAUGCUGCAUGUCGUCUUCAAGGUGGCCCGACAGCUCCAGCCCUCCGUGUUGUGGAUCCAAGACACAGAAAAAACCUUCUACAAAAAAGUUCCCAACGCUGAGAAGCUGAAUGAACCUAAACGCCUAAAAAAACAGCUUCCCAAAAUCCUGAAACUCCUGAAACCAGAUGAUAGGAUUCUGAUUGUGGGGACAACACAGCGUCCUUUCGAUGCUGAACUUCAAUCGUUUUGCAAAGUUUACCAAAAAAUUAUUUUGAUCCCCAGACCAGACUAUGCUUCCAGAUAUGUUUUGUGGAAACAAAUCAUUCAGCGCAAUGGAGGAGUCCUUACUAAUGCCUUGAACGUCAGUUGCCUGGCCAAGGUCACGGAUGGCUUCACCCAAGGACACAUCGUGGAAGUGGUGAAAGAUGUGCUCACAGACCAGAGGCUCUGGCAGCAGGGUCGUAAGCCACUCACCGCAGGCGAGUUUAUUGCAGUGAUGAGCAGCAUGAAUCCGGUGUAUCAAGAGGAGGAAGAGAGCUUUAAGAACUGGUAUGCCAAAACCCCUAUGGGUAGAAAGCGAGCCUUGGCAUUAACGGGAGGUGGCACAGAAAGGAAUAAAGGGAAGAAAGAAAAGAAAGGAAAGAAAGAGAAAAAGAAAAAGUAA